AUGGCCUCAAACGAAAAUGUAAAAGUGACGAUUCGAGUUCGUCCAUUCUCAGAAAAGGAGAAAUUAGCUGGCCAUAAGCGCAUUGUCGAUCUAGAUGGACGGGCUGGAAGCGUCACCCUACGCAAUCCAAAUGGAGGAUCUGUUGGUGGUGAAGAUGGCGCCGAUUGCAAGACAUUUUCAUUCGAUGCUGCUUUUGGUGAAGAUUCAAAGCAGGCGGACGUGUAUGAUCAGACGGCCAAAUUCAUUGUGGAUGAGGUGUUGAAGGGGUUUAAUGGAACUGUUUUCGCAUAUGGACAAACGGGCACAGGCAAAACAUUCAGCAUGCAAGGUGUUCGCGACGUACCAGCCCUCCGAGGCAUAAUCCCAUCCACAUUCAACCACAUCUUCAACCACAUAUCCCAAGACUCAACUAGCAAACGCUACCUAGUCCGCUGCUCCUACAUUGAAAUCUACAAUGAAGACAUCCGGGACCUCCUCGUAAAACCACCUCCAGGCAAAAAACCAACAGCUCUAGAGCUGAAAGAGCACCCCGACACUGGCGUAUAUGUAAAAGAUCUGUCAUCAUUCGUCGUCAAGAGUGUGGAAGAAAUGGAUAAACUUAUUGAUGUGGGAAACUCGGCUAGAGCAGUUGCUGCGACGCUUAUGAAUGCAGAGUCCUCGAGAUCGCAUUCGAUUUUCACAAUUACUGUCGAGUCUUCUGAAGAGGUGGAAUUGUCAAAUGGGACUAAAGAGGAUCGAUUUGUGGCGGGUAAAUUGCAUCUGGUGGAUUUGGCUGGGUCUGAGAGACAGAGCAAGACGGGGGCUACGGGUGAUCGAUUGAAGGAAGCUACAAGGAUCAAUUUGAGUUUGUCUGCGCUGGGGAAUUGUAUAUCUGCUCUUGUUGAUGGCAAGAGUACACAUAUACCGUAUCGUGAUUCCAAACUUACCCGCCUGCUGCAAGACUCGCUUGGAGGCAAUGCAAAAACCUUAAUGAUUGCAACCCUGUCACCAGCAUCCUACAACUAUGAGGAAACCCUUUCGACACUACGCUAUGCCAACCGUGCCAAAAACAUUAAAAACAAGCCUAAAAUCAACGAAGACCCGAAAGACGCCAUGCUUCGUGAAUACCAAGAAGAGAUCAAGAGACUACGUGAACAGCUGGAACGUAAGCAACGUACCAGUGGUGGUACUACGUCUCCUGAGACGCGUUCAAGGUCAUUGAAGGCAGUGUCAAGUGGGACGCUGGACGAUGAAGGUGAUGAAUCAGAAUCCGAUGGAUCUGAGAAUGGCGAUCAUCAGGAAACCAGCAAGGGUGGUCACAAACAAGCAAAUAAUCCACUAAGCAGCAUGGAUCCCGCCACAAUCCUCAAACUUCAAGCCCAAGUUGAAUCCGAACGACAAGCACUUCUGACAUCCAAAUCCCACGUGCACGCCGAAAAGCAACGCCUGCUCCUCGAACUUGAAUCACGAGCCACGGAGUUAAGCAAGGAGAGAACCGAACGUGAGAAUCUCGCCGCCAAACUCUCCUCCAUGGAAGGUCAACUCCUUGUUGGUGGUGUCUCGAUCGUCGACCGUGUAUCAGCCCAGCAGCUCGAAUUGGAGGCCGCAAGUAAACGCAUCGAGCAGCAAGAACGUGCCGAGCGUGAAAUCCGUGACAAGCUUGAAUCAAAACAGGAGGCUACAUUACAACUUGAAGAGCACUACAACACGUUACAGGAUGAAGUCGAUACCAAGACCAAGAAACUCAAGAAACUAUGGGCGAGACUCGAAGCCACGAGACGCGAGGUAUCUGAUUUGCAAGACGAGUUCCGAAAUGAGCGGGAGGGACUACUUGAAACCAUCCGGGAAUUAUCUCGAGAGUUGUCACUCAAGCAAACAGUCGCGACGAGUUUCUUGCCACCUGAUGAAAUCAGUAAAGUCGAAUCACGGGCAAGCUAUAAUGAUGAGAGUGAUGAGUGGAUCCUUUGCACGAAUGCUGAAUUGAAUCUUGCCAAUCGGGUCGAGAGGCCGCUUGCACAUCCCAUUCUCAAAAGGCCUGUGUGUGGAUUUGCGAAAACGAGGAUGGCGGCUGGUGAUCCUAAUCCACGAUGGAGACCUGAUAAUUUGUUGACGCUUGGGUUAGAUGAUAUACAACAGCAGCAACGUAGUGCAGCAAGCAGUGCCGAAUACCUGAACGACAAAUCAACAGCAGGGUCAGAUUUAGAUGUCGGUGAACUGUAUAGAGAUAUAUCACGAGCGAGCAGUGGGACGCUGUUAUCUACUAGCAGAUUGAAACUUGGUGGUGGUGGAACGGGUUCUGCAUUGGGAAGUGAAGAUUUUGAAUUCUCAGGGUCGGAUGAUUUGACUAGUAAUGGUGGUACGUCGCCUACAAAGACAAUGAAUGUGGAUGCAAGGUUGCCGCCAAGUAGAGGAGAGGUGCUGAGGAGUGGACUGCCAAGCAAACGAAGAACAUAA